GUGAUGGUUCACAGCACUAGGAACAAGGAUGGAACGCUUUAACAAGAGCUUAACAAAAGGCCGUCCAAUAUCUACAGUCGAUGCGGCGAAGGCGAACGAUGCAUUCGACCACUUCAUUAACGCAGGCACCUUAAAGUCAGUAUUCGGAUGUUACCGAAACAUUUGCGAACUUUUGCAUCUCAAGCCGAACGUUUUUCCGCAAUUUUAUCCUAAAUUAAAAGACAACUUAACGUCUUGGAAGGCAAAAGCGCUAUGGAAGAAAUUUGACGCGCGCGCUAGUCACAAAUGUUACGCAAGAGGGAAAAUAUGCCCGAACACCAGGGUGCUUAUUAUAGGAGCCGGCCCUUGCGGAUUGCGUACGGCCAUCGAGGCGCAACUAUUGGGCGCCAAAGUGGUCGUGGUGGAAAAGCGAGAUCGUAUGUCGCGCAACAACGUCCUUCAUCUUUGGCCCUUUGUGAUUGAAGAUUUGCGCGCAUUAGGCGCCAAAAAGUUUUUUGGUAAAUUUUGCGCCGGUGCCAUCGAUCAUAUCAGUAUUAGGCAGCUACAGUGCAUUCUUCUCAAGGUGGCGCUACUUCUCGGAGUCGAAGUGCACACGGAAGUCAGCUUCGAAAAACUUGUGGAACCGAAUAGUAGCGAAAAGAUCGGAUGGCGCGCGGAAUUCAAACCGGUCGAGCACCCCGUCUCCCAGUACGAGUUCGACGUAAUUGUAGGGGCGGACGGUAAACGAAACACAUUACAGGGCUUUAAACGGAAAGAAUUCAGGGGAAAACUAGCCAUUGCGAUUACGGCGAAUUUUAUUAACAAACGCACCGAGGCCGAAGCACGCGUGGAAGAAAUUAGCGGGGUCGCUUUUAUAUUUAAUCAAAAGUUUUUUAAGGAACUGAAUGCGGAGACUGGAAUUGAUUUAGAGAAUAUUGUUUAUUAUAAGGACGACACUCAUUAUUUUGUGAUGACCGCGAAGAAACUAAGUCUGAUCGAAAAAGGGGUCAUUCUUCAGGAUUAUCCCGAUACCGCCCGCUUGCUGUCUCCAGAAAACGUCGAUAGGGAUAAUUUAAUGGAGUACGCCAGGGAGGCCGCCGAAUUUAGUACAAAUUAUCAAAUGCCCGAUUUGGAAUUCGCCGUUAAUCAUUACGGACAACCCGAUGUGGCCAUGUUUGAUUUUACAUCAAUGUAUGCAGCCGAAAAUGCUUCAAAAGUUAUCGAAAGGCAUGGAUAUAAGCUGUUUAUGAUUUUAGUUGGCGAUAGUUUACUUGAGCCCUUUUGGCCCACCGGCUCAGGAUGUGCCCGUGGGUUUUUAUCGUCCUUGGACGCUUGCUGGGCUAUAAAAGGAUGGGGUAGCGGACUAUCCACUCCGUUAGAAGUACUAGCUGAAAGAGAAUCCAUAUAUAGGUUACUUGCUCAAACUACACCAGAAAAUUUAAAUAAAGACUGCAAAGCAUACACUGUCGAUCCUAGCACGCGCUAUCCAAAUCUUAAUAAGUCUGCUCUCCUUCCACAACAAGUACUAACGCUGUAUGACACUGACGAUCCAAACACCAUCGAGUUAACGUCUAGGGCGGCACAACCGUUUAUAAACGAACUUCACAGAAAACGAAGAAAGCGAGACCUACAUCUCGACGCAAAUACACUCAUUGGUUGGAUUAAAGAACAAAUAAAGGACUACGACGACCUAUUAGUGGAAGACCUCACGAACUCGUUUAGGGAUGGCAGAGUCUUGUGUGCGAUACUACACCAUUAUCGACCGGAUUUACUCGAUUACGGCGCGAUAAAGUCGGAGGACGUCGCGAAGAACAAUCAGUUGGCGUUCGAUCUGCUCGAAAAGGAGAUAGGAAUAUCGCCGAUCAUGACUGGCGAGGAGAUGGCCAAGCUGGAAACGCCUGAUUAUCUGACGAUGUUCUCAUAUUUGACACAAAUAUAUGACACAUUUAGGGGUGAAAUACCUCACAUCAAACAUCCUAAAUUGAUCUCACUGUUACCGUCCUGCUCUUCAACACCUUCCUUACCCUUUUCCCCAAAUGCAGCUGUGUUUAGUGAAAAGCGUCAUUGCAAAUCAUCAAAGAUAAAAAUAGCAAAGAACCUACGAAAACAAAGAGCAAAAUUAUGCUCUAAGAAAAGAUUAAAGUUGACAAACCCUUCGCAUUCUACUUGUAAGCAACAGACAGAAAAUUUAAAUUGUGUAACAUGCUAUGAUGAGAAUUUCCAAGAAAUUUGUACAAUUAAGAAUUCCCGCAACAAUAAGAAAGGGGCGAAAAAAAAGAAAAAAGUGGCCAAAAACAUUGUGUUGCGUCAUUUAGAAGAGAGUCCCAGAAUGACAACGUUACAGGAGUUGACAUUACGAGUUUCGUCAAAUAAUCUUCAUAUCUCCGUCCAACCUCCGGUUAUAAACAGGAAACGGUGCUCUGGCGAAUUAAUCGAAAACAAGACAGUGUGUGACACUGAAUUGUGUCACUUUUUGAAGGGAUACUCCACAUUAAAAUUUUUGUAUGCUGGCAAGAUGAAUGAUUCAGUUUCUCCCAUGUUGGAUACUGAACAUAAGGUCAUUGAUUGGAUAAAUGCAACUACAUUUGAAAAUCGCGUAAAGAUUCCACACAAUGAGGUACAAGAGACUAAGACUGUGCUUGACGAAACGGAAAUUCAAAGUGAAAUAGAGUCACCGCUCAUUGAGAGCAUGAUGCACUCCAUCAGCGACGUAAACAUUUCCAAUAUUGUACAAGGAAACUGUGCUCCACACCAAGUUAUUACGGAAAUAUGGGAAAAGGUUUCUACAAUGCUUGAAACCGAUAAAAUAGAUUUAUCGGAAGUUAAAGAGAAUAUAAGAGAAAAGACGAUACCGACUAUCACCGCCCGCAUUAACGAUGGCUUCGCAAGUCGGUUUAACAUUGGCAGAUCGAAACGUCACGCGGAAAUGUCAUCGAGCAAACCAGCGACGACAGAAAGGAAAAAUAAGAAGAGAAGGUCGUUUGAGAAGUACGACAUGAGUGUGGAAGAAAGACGAAAGCGAUUAGAAGAAAUUGCAGCAAAUCGUUUGGAUCGUCAAAAUAAAAGGCGGCAGCAGCGGAAAAUGCAAACGGAACAGUUCAUUAAAAGCAUGCAAAUGUUACAAAUGAACGCGAAACCUGACCAAUCACAACCUUUCGAGGAUUAUUCGCUGUUUGUGUACAGACAGACGGCGCCAGAUUUUCAAGAUCGCGUUAAAAACUUAGAAAAGCAAUUCACUUACAUACCUGAUAGAGAAAAUCGCUUACCGACUCAAUCGAAAACUGGCGCAGGCGACGAGGAAUUUGCUGCUCGUAUCAAGGACAUAGAGGAGAAGUGGAGGUAUCUGCAGCCCACCGAAAAAAAGCCCAAGGAUCUGACGCGAGCGAUCGGAAAGAUUGAAACAUCCGACUGGAAUAUUAAAGAAAUCGAGAAGAAAAUUUUGGAGAACAAAUUAGGCAAAUCGGUCAACAGAGAGAAGGAACGCGUGCCAAAGUGGAACAGAGAACAAUUCUUGGCCAGACAGAAGAAGUGCAUAAAUAGGCAAAAUAGUGGCGAAGCUAAGUUUUCGGAAUUAGACAAGGGAAUUAAGCAUCUAGAGCAAAGGCUAAAGGAGGGUUCGUUGCGGGAUCUCGGCACGAAUAAGGUUGCAAAAAUCACUGAAAAGUUGCUGCCUAAAGACGACAACCAAGAGGCGAAACCGAUCAAGAAAAAUAUUCCGAAGCCACCUGUUGUUUUACCGACGAAUAGCGGCUCUGAAUAUUGCCACUUCUGUCAGAAAAGAGUGUAUCUGAUGGAACGGUUAUCUGCUGAGGGGAGAUUCUUUCAUCGCGGUUGUUUUAAGUGUCAGUAUUGUUACACGACGUUGCGAUUGGGCUCCUACUUGUUUGAUAAGGAGGGACAAUAUGGGUAUAGGUUUUAUUGUUUGCAACAUUUUGGUAUGGUGGAUGAAACGGAGGUUGACCGAGUGGAUGUCAAGCAGUUGGGCAAGAUCAGGAAGGAGCAGGUGAAGCCUUUGGAGAAACUGAAAAUUCCUUUAACUGGUGUGGAGGGAGUUGAUUUACUAAAUAGAGUUCAAACUCCCGAACGAAUUGAGUUCUCCAAUCUAUCCGCAGGACACAUAUCAUCUGAUCAUGACGAAUCGCUUAGUCAAAUGGACGAGGACGAAUGGACGGAUAGAAACUUUGGCGCGUCGACGGCCGAAAUUUGUUCUAGUGAUGAGUAUGAAGAUUCCUCUAGCGCUAGUGGUUCGGAAUCCGAUAAUGAGGAAGUUUUCGAAGAGGCUUUAGAGGAACCUCCGACUAAGGAAGGGACGUUGCGAUGGAUGGAGCGUUACAAGCAGAGGUACUCGAAGGAGAGGCGCGAUUCUGAUUCGGAAGAUUACAUUAGCAGUUCCGACCAUUCGAGCUAUGAUGAAAAUACUAGUGGAGAUGAAGAAGAUGAACCGGCCACCGAAGGCGAAGAAGAAAUUCGCGCGAGAGAACUAAGAAAACAAGAAGUGAGGGUGGAACCGCCUGUUAUACAAACUGAUACCGGUUCCGAUACAGAGAUUGUGUCAGACGAUACCAGUCCAGAAUCAUCUAGCAAGCAUAAUUCCGCGACGGAGAUUUCAACAGAUUCUGAAUUCGCAGUGGACGAUCCGACGCCUACGCGAGAAAUUCCGGCAAUCGUAUUUAACGACCAGCACGUAACGAUGCGGAAAGCCUCAUUCGGUCUGCCGAAAAAAGUACAGGUGAAAUCUGGUAUUUUAAAUUCGCCAAAUAACGGUAAAAUUCAAAGUACGGGUAUUCGGUUGGAAUUUACACCUCUUGUGCCUUCACCAAUUAUACCAAAAGCAGCACCUUCUUUGCUUGGUAGAACUGAAGGUUACGCCUUAAAUCGCACACAAAGCACCGGUGGUAUUGCUACUAAAGUUUCGUUGGAGCUUAAGAAAAAGUAUUUGUUAGGUGAUAGCGAAGUUCCGGGAAGUAUUCAGAAAUCGGGAAGCGUGUCCACUUUAGACUCAAAAUUCAAAUCGUUUCAUACGAAUAUUACCGAUUGCCAAAAGUUGUUAAAACCCUCAUCCGAAAACGUUCAGGCGACUCCCGCUCUUAAAUCUCCAUUAUCUCCCAUCAUCUCUCAAUCGAUAUCGAACAACGAAAGCCCACAAAUACCCGCCCAUAACUUCGACAAAACCAGUGAGAAGCAAGACCAAGAUAAAUUUCAAAAUGAAAUGGAGAAUCGACCGCGAAGUCCCGCAGAAGAAAUACCUGUUAUCGUGCCUCAGAUUGAUUGGAAACGAACAAAUUCAGAAAAAGUUAGUGAUAUGUCUAGCGAUAGCCUCACCUCAUCUGAUAGUGACUUAAAUCAACAUUCCGGAAUAAAGAAAUCUCCUACUGUAAAAAUUAUACCACGCGUCGAAAUUCAUGACGACGAUGGGAAGAUAAUCGCAAACGAAACGGUAACAAAACCCGAAGGCGUAAUACCCGAACCUACUCAGGAUUUAAAAGACACCAAAGUAGUAAUAAGCGAAAAGAAAAUUUUGAAUCCUCCGAAAGCCUUACCAAAUUUAGAAAAUGUUUUAUCUGAUUUCCACACUGAGCUGCACGAGAGUAAGAUCGCAAUGGGAAAUGAAAGCAGUCGAAGUACGCCGUCGGAUCAUGAGUCGUUCAUUGAGCAAACUGCCGCGGCCAUGACUGAAACGGAAUUAUCCGAUUGGGCGCGAGACAGCACGGUUUCGGACGAUUUUGAAGACGUUGAGUAUGAACUGAAUCCCGACUUGAUUAAUGUAAGAAAAAAUAAACCACCCAAGGGUAUUCGAAGUUUAAAAAAUUCGGUCAUUAAGGCGUACAUUGACGAAUUUGAUGAUCUAGGUCAUGUGUGCCAAAAAUCCGAAAAUUUAAAUAAUAUUCUGAGUAGUAUUGAGUUUAUGGACACGGGUGAGGAGACGAGUAGCGACGAAAAAUUGUUACUUGACGCUUGCACGAAAAAUAACGGUUAUGUUGAAUUUCAUAAUGAAGAUGAUAUUGCCGAAGAUAGUUUGAAUCCUAUGUUUAAUAUUGUAGAGACUGUGAAUCCCGCCAUAAGACAGGCGUUAGAUUUGGAAAACCUGUCGAGUUACGAUAAUAAUACAGGGUACUGUUUCAUUGGUAAUGAGGAUAACUUUGGUAGUGAGGUAAUCAGUUUGAAACCGUCCGAUUUGCAGAAACUUAAAGAGAAACAAAGUGCGUUCGAAAAUGAGGAGGACAGUUUGCUUGUUGUCGAUACUGGAACGACAACAGAAGAGAAUACUUGUAGUGAUUCGACUGUAAAAAAUUUCGUUGAGGUUUGUGCAAAAAAAGAAACGCCCCAUAUGAUUGAGGCACUUCUCGAGGAGAAAAGGGUUGAGGAUGAAAAUCAAAAUAAUGAUGUUGAGAAGCACCAAGAUUUAGUGAACGCUGAAUAUCAAGAACAUUGCCAAAGGUUACAGGGAAAGUUCGAAUUUGGGAAUAUGAGGGAUUCGAUAGAAAUAAGGAAAUCAAAACGCAAGGAAAAGCCUGUGUCGUCUAAACCGGAUUUGAUUCAGGAGGAAGUGAGUCAGGUCAAUAAUGUAGAGUUGAUACCUCCGAAAACGCUCCAAGAAAUUUAUACAAAAGAAGAAAUUAAAAAAAGUAGAGAUGAAAAUCAGAGGUUGGUACAAGAAAUGGUUAUGAAUAAAAUGAAAGCACAGAAUAAGUCUCUCGAACGAAAGAAACGAAGUCGAAAUUCGUUUAGCCCCGGUUCGAGCCCGAACAAAUUUUUUGAACUCACCAAAUCACCCACUGCGGAUGUUUUUUUAAAUAUGGAACAUCAGCAGGUGGAAAAUGAACGCUUGCCACCCGAUGUUCUGCUGUCGAGCAAUGGUUCCGUAAUCAACUGCCAUUCUGAGCAACAGCAAAUCAUCGAAGAGCCCCAAAAAAUUAGCCCAAUCGUCACCUUACCUGAUCUUCAACAAAAAAUCGUAAACGGCGAGAAAUCGGAAUUGCGCAAAUCGAAAACGCGGUUAAAGUCGAGCGACGAGUUAAUUUCGAAGAUCGGCAAGGAGAAUCGAAGUAUUGACGUGCAGGACAGCAUCGAAGCCUUGGUAAUCAAUACGGAAAGACGAAAUUCCCUGCUCUACGCUACCGAUACCCUAACGAAAAAGCGUAAGAACUCGUUUAAACGAUCAAAAAGCGGCGAGGAACCUCUGACGCAUAACAUCCUGAACACCUCGGAACCGACGCGACUCGCCCUCAGCCUGUGCUCGCCUGAAAACCCGAUGCGUAGCACGAAAUCCGUUUCAGAAAUACUGAAGACUUUCGAAACGGCCGACUUGCGACGAGAUCUCAGCUGCGUCGACAAAAAGGCGCAGUUUUACAAAUCGGACCCCAAUCUGCUGGCGAACGCGGGCAAAGAGAAGAAGACAAAGUGUAAAGAUCGAGAUAGGCGGAAGAGCAUUACGAAAUUGAUUUCGGAAUUUUUCGGGAAGAAACGAGAGGGAGCUAAAGGAACCAAUUCGUCCGCAUCCAAAGGAUUUUUGGCGAAAAUAUCUCCCAAAUCCAAAUCAAAGUCCAUGAUUUUACUGAAUGGAAUAUCUGCUGACAAGAUACCCGCCGUUAAUUUACCGAGAAGAAACAGCUUUGGCGAAGCUCAAAUCCGACAGAGAGAGGCCGUAUCGCCGCCGCCCAUUCCACCGUUACCAACAAAUUACACUGGAUCGGCGCCAUCUCGUUACACAGAUGAGAGCUCUGAGGGCGACAACGAUUACAAACAUCACGAUCAGAACUCCUGUGAUACUUUGAAUCAUUCCGGAACGCACGGAGGGCGUCGAACCAGCCGAAGCAUGCGUAGAGCCUCUAGACAGUCGCAGCUUAAAAGGCACCGUAUGGCGCAAGAAAUACAACGAAAGCUCGAAGAGACUGAGGUCAAAACCAGGGAACUUGAACAGAAAGGCGUGUGCGUCGAAAAGGCUUUGCGAGGCGAAGAUUCGGGAAUCGGCGCGUUUAAUACGUUAGACGAAGCAGACUUGCUCAAGCAGUGGUUUGACCUCAUGCGGGAUUUGACUGAGUUAAGGCGUUAUGAGCGAGAGUUAAUGGUGCGCGCGCAAGAGGUCGAAUUGGAGGAUCGUCAUGCUAGGUUACAGCAAGAGCUGAGAGAAAGAUUAGAUAAUGAUGAACACAAAUCGAAAGAGGACAUCAAAAUCGAGAGCGGGAUUAUAAAUGAAAUGAUGGAAAUUGUUUCGAAGCGGGAUUCUCUCAUUGCUCUUCUAGAACAAGACCGUUUAAGAUAUUCUGAAGAAGACCGCGACUUUGAAGAGCAAAUGCUAGCGAAAGGUUUAAGGCUGACACCCCUUCAAAAGCAGCCGGUAACAGAAGUGAUAGAUAAAAUAUGUUAGCUUUAUUAAUUUUACCAUUAUUAUUAUACUUAUGUCCAUUAUAAAAAUAAGUUUUUACACUUUGCCAUUUUGGUACUAAUAUUACAUCCUUACGUUCGUUACUCUUAUUGUACAGGAUGUUUUAAUGAUGUAAUAUAAUUUAAAAAAACUAUAAAAGCUUGAUACCAAGAUUUCUGUUGAGGUCACAUUAUUAUUGUACCUAUCUGAAAAUAAUAUAAACAAUGUAGAUUAGACAUGUAUAGCAAAAAUUACCAAAAUUAUUAUUAAUAUAAUUUAAUUUUACAAUGUAAUCAAGUACAGUAAACAAUUUAUUUCGGCUGGUCGAACUUAUUUAAUUUGACUAACUAUAGGCUUACCCCUAGUCACAUAGUUAGGUGAUACCACAUGAGACUGGAUGGGUUGCACAUUUUUUGCGAUAAUUCAAGGAAAAUUUAAUACGAGAUGGCGUCAUUAAAAAUGUGCAAUUUGUCGCCUGCAUCGUGGUGACUGUAUUUUUUUGUCAUUUAUCGCUAUUUAUUGUUUUUAAAUAUAUCUAUUUUUAAGUGACAAGAAAAUUUGUGAUUCAUGAAUGUAUUUUUUGAUAAGUGAAUUGUAAGUAAUGUACAGAAACGUUUAUUUUGUGAAUGCAAUUAUUUAAGUGUUGUUUUUGUGUGAAUUUAAUAAAAAGGCUUUUAUAUAUUA